AGGCUGUGGGCGGCUGAGGCGGGGUGCGGAGGCAGCCCGGGGAAGGGGGAAGGCGCUGAGGGUCCCUGUCGUUAUGGACCGGAGGAUUUCAAGGUCGGUCCCAGGGUUUGCCCUCUGGUCGUGUUUGCCUCUAGUCUAGUCUGCUUGUUAGGAUAUUGUGGACACCGGCAUUGGCCAAUUAGAAUAAUUAUAACUUGAAAUAUUUUGUUCCAGUGGUAUUAAUACUGUCUGGAAUAACUUGAAUAAAGUACUUGACAAUGGAUUAUUUAAUGCGUAGCAUAAACGGUAGUCAUCUUACCUUUCAGUCGGUCUUUAGGGAUGCCAACGUUUCCUGCUUCAGGUCAGUAAGAUGGGGCAUUGGUGAAAUAAAAGGCUUGGUUGUAGCAGCGUGAAUUAAACUGUUACAAUGUGAGAAGAGUCCUACUUGCAAUCUGAGACGAUCGGUUCUCUCAGAAGCUUUCUGCUAAUUCACUUGCUGGUGGAGGAAUGCUUCCAAAUUGGUUUUUUUAGUAGCGGAAAGUACAAAGAUACUGCCAGUUAUGUUGGUAGUGUCUGCUUAACACCAUUGAGUUGGCAUACUGAUUCCUGCAUGCUUUUCCACUUGUACGCUAUUUUUUUUUAACCUAGUAUUAUGUCAGUGCCUGACUUUUUUAAUCACUAGAAUCAACAACAGCAUCAGGGAAGACACAGGCAGACUUUUAUAUUGAUGCUUUAGGCUAUUGGACAGAGUUUGUCUUCCAGGUCUGUACGUGUUGAUGAGAAAAUGAAGAACCUCCUCCCAGCUGCUUGUUACCAUCCUCCUUCCAAAGUCUGCUGCUGACUGAAAUCCAUCAGCUGAUCUGCUUGGAGGCUAUUUAAACUCUUAAAACUAAUCCAGAUUGCUGGGAAUAAUGCAAGUUAGGGAGUGGUCCUCUGAGCAGCUGAACCGGCAGAUCUUUGAAGCUAGUAACUCAAGGAAGCAUAGGGGGAUGGAAAACCACUGAGAACAGGCCAGUAUUUUUUAAUAAAGUUUGCUGUUGUUGUAUCUGUUCAGAGUCAUGAAAAAACAGUGGAACUAUUUCUCCUUGGUUUGUAUUCCUGUUGCUUCCUUUAUACUGAUACAAACAUGCGUUCCCCCCAAGAAUUAGCUUUCAGCUGGAUCCGUUUUCUCGUGAGUUUAGUGGCUGGCUGUGCCAAUUCCAGAGCUGGAUCUUGAGAAGAACAAGAAGGGGUAGAUGGAACCAGCCCUGUUCAGUGGGAGCCCGCACUGAUGUCAGGCUAAAGUGACUGUGAAAUUGCACUCUUGGUAAUGGUUACUUCGGCUUUCUAUGUGGAAAGAGGUUUUACAGUACUGCUGUGGAAUUAAAUUACAAUAAAGGCAUCCUCAGCAGAUGUUUGGGAUGGUGAUCGUAGGACUCUUACUGUAUGGUUGUAAUGAAAAUGUUACAACUUGUGGCUUUAGGCAAGGUGUAAAUGUUUGUAAAAUACGGCUUUAUAUUCUUAAAAUAAUGUAUCCAGUAAUUAAAAAAAAAAAAAAAAAGAACACACACACACACGCACACACUUCCCACACACACACAAAGCAUUUGUGUCAUCUAGGAGUCUGUAAUCUUAACUGCUAUUUGUACAAGAGAAAUUUACAGAAAUGUAAUAUGAUAACUACAACUUCUCUGUACUUCUAAAAAUUUUAGGCAAUGGCCUCUGGAGGUAAAUUUAAGAACGCUGAAUUGAUAUUACCAUGUGAAUGGAAAGAAUGCUGCUUUGUAGGGAAAUGCAUGGAGGAAUUUUGUAAUCAUAUUGCAGAACACCUGGAAGAGUACCUACACCAUCCCCUGGAAACAGCAGAGCAGUACCGGUGCUGGUGGAGAAGUUGUGAAUUUGGAGCGAAAGAUCCCAGAGAGCUGAUAACACAUGUCAAUUUUCACGGUUACCACACCAAACUAAAAUUCAUAGGCUCUCAGUUACAGGCAUUGCACCGCGAUUUGCCAGUGUGUUUGCAGAACAGUCGUAGCUGGCAUCAGUUACCAAAGACUUCAGAGGAGUUUGUUUGCCAUUGGGAGAAUUGCAAUGUUACCUUCAAUAACCCAGUGUGGUUUUAUCAACAUGUUGCUAUUCAUGCCUAUGCUACUGAGGAAGAAACUAUUACAGAUCAGAAGAAAGCUGUUUAUUGUCACUGGAAAGAACAAAUAUUUGUUUGCCAGAACUGUCAGAAACAUUUUGCCAAUGAAAGGCUGCUACGAGAUCACAUGAGGGGACAUGUUAACCGUGUUACAUGUGCCCUUUGUGAUAUGGUAUGCACAAGUGUCUCCUCACUGAAAGCACACAUCAGAUUCCGACACUGUGAUGAACGUCCUUUCCAUUGUCACCUCUGUGAUAGCGGUUUUAAGAAUGCGUAUGAUCUGCAUAAACAUGUUGAAACACACAAUGAUUCAGAUGCCUACAGCUGUGAUGUUGAAGGAUGUGGUUUUACUUCAUGGACUUUACAAAAUUUGAGACAGCAUUACAAGAGAGUGCAUGUGAGUAAAAGCAUUCUGAAGUAUAAAUGCCACAUCUGUCAGAAAUGUUUCUCCUGGAGUUAUACAUUGACGCUACAUCUUCGAAAAGCUCAUAAACUCAGCAGUCAUUCUCGUUUCAGAUACAAAGAAGAUGAUGAGGGUCAUAUGAGUUUGAACAUAGCAGUAUAUAAUGCUGUCAUGGGUUUAGGUCAGGCUGUUAAUAACAAGAUGGUAACAAAUAAGCCUUCACCAAGUCAAAAUAGUUUUGGAAGAGAAGGAGGGGACUCUUGCGAAAGAGACACUUCAACAGUAGAAGUACUUUUCACACAGCUUCAGCCGUGGUCACAAGCUACUGGAGAAAAUGUUCUGGUAGAAAGAGAGACUUCUAUGCCAGAGCCUGUGUAUUCUGAACUUCAAACUGUUGUACUUCCGCUAAAGUUGCUGAAGCAACACCAAUGAAUCUGAGGGAAAAACUCUUAGAAAUGGAACUGGGCUUGGGAAUUCAGAUAGCUUUCUAAAAAACAGACUUUUUGUGGAUUUUUACUGUGAAAACUAUACUCUUCGGAAGAGGUUUGGUUUUUUUAAACAAAAUAUGUUUUAAAGUCUUCACUUUUAUCCUUGUCAAAUCUUGUAUAUAAUACUGUGUUUUCUCAGCUUUCAUGUUAAAUUAUUCUAAUAUGCUUAGAGAAUAUAUCCAAGAUACACACAAUACUAUACACACAUAAUACUUUCAUUUUUAGCCUUUUGGAGAAGAAACUUUUAAGUUCUUUGUAUUCAUAUAGCAUAUAUGUGUGUGUGCAUGUGUAUUUAUUUAUUUAUUAAAAAAAUAUAGCCCACAGGGAAAGUGUUGAGCCAAUGCAUGAGACAAACACUUUGACUCGGUAGGUAAAACAUCCCAUUUUUUA